AUGGCCGGCAAGCAGACUGUUCAGGAGAUCCUUGAUUCCAUUCCGCUCAAAUAUCGCGGACCAGGUGGUGCAAUUGCAGUCGUCAAGGAUGGCGAACUUAUCGGCCAGCGCGUUUGGGGUUACGCCGACAUUGACAAACGCAUCCCCCUGACUCCUGAAAUUCGGAUGCCAAUUUGCUCCAUUACGAAGCAGUUUGUCUGCGCUCUGUUGAUGGAUCUUAAGCGCAACCCGACCCCCGAGAUGACUGCCAAAGGAGACGUCCAGGCCCAGUUCUCGGAGGCGCUUCGAGAAUUGGUUCGCCCAGAGCUGACCCAAGAUAGCGGAUUGACGCUUGACAACCUGUGCGAUAUGCAGUCUGGCCUGCGUGAUUACUGGGCUAUGACUGCCCUGUGGGGCACCAAGCCAGACGAUGAGUUUCUGGUGGAACGGGACUGCCCGCCAAUGGUCGAUCGUACCAAGUCGUUCCAUUUCAAACCGGGCACUGAGUUCUCCUACUGCAAUGUCAACUUUUAUCUGGUUGCCCGAGUCAUCGAGCGGGUCGCCGGAGAAUCUCUCGGGAAGCUGCUUGCCGAACGAAUCCUCGGCCCCGCUGGAAUGGAGACUGCAUUCCUCUGCCCAGACAAUGCUAAACUUCCAACGCCGUGCGUAGGCUAUGAAGGAACAGAAGAGUUGGGAUUCGUGCCAGCGGUGAAUCGGAUGGAAUGGUCUGGUGAUGCUGGACUAGUUGCCUCACUCACUGAUAUGAUUGCCUGGGAGAAGCAUCUGGAUAGCUUGUUCUCCGACUCGAAAAGUUGGUACCAUAAAGUCACAAAGGGUACCACUUACUCCGACGGUACCCCUGCUCAUUACCACAAUGGACUGAGUAGUAUCAGCCUUGGUGGUGUCGAUAACUGGGGCCACGGCGGUGCACUGCGUGGCUACCGACUGCACCGACGUCAUGCUAUGCAUGAGCGCCUUUCUGUUGUUGCUUUAUUCAAUCACGAGGCAGAAGCAUCUUCUGCUGUUGAAGACAUCAUGCGGGCCAUUUUGAACAAGCCCAAGCCAGUCUAUACCCCCGUCGAAGCAAACCCUGCUUGGCUGGGUAGCUUCCUUGACAGGGAUACUCAGUUGUUAGUUACUAUUAGCAAGGGGCCAGCUACGGGAGAACUUCACAUUGCCUACUCGGGUGAUCCUGAGACCAUCAAACUGACCGACCCCACCCAUGGCGAGAAUCUUGACGUAUCCGCAAGCAUUGAUGGAGACGUUUUGUACAUGAAUCGCAUUGGCGAUAAUAGAAAGCUCGUCGCUCAACGGCUUGUUCCAAGCGAAUCAAGCUUCAAAGAUAACUCGCUUCGGGGUGAUUAUAAGUCCGCGGAAGUCGACUCUUUCUUCCACUGUGAAGGCGAAGCAGGCAUGUUAUAUGGCGCACUUGACGGAUUUCUUGGUCAAGGAACCAUAACCGCCAUGAAAUAUAUUGGUGAUGAUGUCUGGGUGCUUCGUUGUCCCCGCGGAUUGGAUGCGCCAGCCCCUGGUGACUGGACUAUGGCUUUCCACCGUGAUAAUAAUGGUUCUAUCAUCGGAUUCAAGAUUGGAUGUUGGCUAGCUAGGGGCGUCAACUUUGUCAAAGUUUAA